AUGCCCUGGACACCCACCACCGCCCUCCCCUCCGCUCUCGCCCUCGCCCUCUCAAUCCUCACCUUCCUCGCCCUCCUCGCCUCCCCCCCGCGCCACCGCGCCCUCGCCCUCACCGCGCCGCUGCUCCUCCUGCUCUACGCGUUCAAACACCACAUGGCUAUUACGCCGUGGCAUGCGGUUAAUGAUACGUUGGCGAGGAUGAUGUAUAUUUGGGGGAGUUAUGGGGGGUAUGUGUUCCUGACUGUGCGAGUCAAACCUGUGGUACGCGUGCAGGCUGCGAGCGGGUGGCGCGAGCGGUGGGGGUUUGCGGGGAAGGUGCUGUAUGCGAGGAGAUUGAGGCGGUGCACCCGCGACACCCCCCACAACCUCACACGCACCCAGUUCCUCGCCCACCACGCCUCGCGCGCCCUCCUCUUCACAGCCACAAACCACGCCUGGGACACCUACAUCGACCCCGCGCUGCGCACACACUCCCCGCCCGGCGCCCUCGCCCACCGCACCGCAAUGGUAUGGGACACCUGCGUGGGCGACAUGCUGUACUUCUCAUCCAUCUACUCCCUCUUCGCUGUGCUGUGGGUCUGCGUCCUGCGCCUCGACGCGCCGCACGAGUGGUCGCUCGCACUGUUCGGCUCGCUGGCGGACUGCUGGAGCGUGCGGCGCUACUGGGGCGUGUACUGGCACGACUUCAUCCGCGAGAGCUUCGCGGCGCAUGUGCAGCUGCUCACGCGGGGGGUUCUGGGGCUGAGGCGCGGGGCGGUGAGGAGGGUGGUGGAGAAUGGAUUGGUGUUUGCGGCGAGUGGGGGCGCGCAUGCGGCAGUGCGCUGGGUGCAGACGGGUGGGCAGGGGGAGGUGUGGACGGUGGCGGUGUGGUUUGCGGCGCAGAUUGGGCCGAUUGUGGUGGAGGGCGUGGUGGGGAGUGUUUGGGGGCAGUCGAGGGCUAGGGCGAGGGUGCGGGAUCGGCUUGGUGGGGAGGUGUUGGGGAGGCUGGAGCGGAUGGUUGGGUAUGGAUGGGUGCUUGCGUGGAUGUUCUGGAGUGUGCCGAAGCAUCUGCUCACGAGGCAGGCCUGGGAGACGGAGAGGUGGGAGAAGAGAUAUGAAGAGGUGUUUAGCAAGGUCGAGGAGACCAUGAAGGCUCUGUGA